AUGCGGGCUUUAUCAGAUCCUCCACUUCGAGAAUACCAUGUGUGGUGGUCUCUUUCGGAUUCCAAGUACGGUGGAAGUACUACUUUGCUUUGCAAAAAGCAACUUGAGCCUAAGAAGCACUUCAAGAAAAAUCCUCAUAGACAUCGUGUUGGAAAGACGUCGCUGAUGAACCAAUAUGUGCACAAAAAGUUCACGCAGCAAUAUAAGGUCACCAUUGGCGCUGAUUUUGUCACCAAGGAAAUUCUAGUUGAUGACAGACUCGUUACCUUGCAGAUUUGGGAUACUGCAGGACAAGAAAGAUUUCAGAGUCUUGGUGUUGCAUUCUACAAAGGAGUUGACUGCUGCGUCUUGGUCUAUGAUGUUAAUGUCCGAAGAUCAUUUGACACUCUUGAUAAUUGGCAUGAUGAAUUUCUUAAUCAGGUCCAUAGUAUUAUCUCUUUGGCUUUCUAGCCU